GGCUGAGACAUGGGCUCGUCCCCCAACCACGGAAGCUCAGGCCAUUUACCAAAAAGAAUCCAAAGGUAACACAGGGUGGCCCAGGGCUGCCAAUCCAGGCCAGGCCAUCACUGAGAUCCCACCUGGGCAGCCCCACACCCCCCAGGGCAUAGCAUCUCCCUGGCCAUGCCAGCCCUUGCCCUCAUGGGGUCCCUGGUAAUGGGGGAUCGGAAGAAAUGUGGAUAGAACUGAUGAGGCAGAAAGUUGUUAGCUGAGGCAGUGUCCAUUUGGGAGAGAGGUGGUGGGGGUCAGGGAAGGAGAUGCCAUGUGACCUGGGGAGGUCUGGGAGGGGAGGAGUGAUAAUGAGGAUGAUGAAAAUGGGGCUGCUGCUUCAGGACUAGCACACAUUGAGGGCAACCCCAAACUCUCCACCCCCACGGCCUCUCACCACACUGGGUUCAUGGGCCUGAGUCUGUCCGUGGCUGGGCCUAGUCCAUCAGCUUGGGUGCCUUGGGGAGGCUGGGGGCUGGGGUGGCAAAUGUGAAGGCCUCUCUCACUUUCCUGUCUCGAUCCCCCUGAUCAGACAGAACAGUGGGAUAUAAGUCUACCCAGAGGUUCCAGUUCAGACCAGGCCUUAGGGAGGGACUGUCAGGGUCACAGGCUGAUUCAGCACUCUCACCUGGACCUUCUCUGAGAUCCAGCUCACCCUGAGUGUGGUAGUCAACGUGCAGCCCUAGCUGCUGGCCUGCCUGGGCCACUGCUGACCCUGUACCAGCCCAGCUUCUGCCAGAUCCUGCUGCAAUACUCAGAGCUUGAUUUUUCUAUCCGUGGACUUGGUCACGGCUGGAUGGUGCUGCCCACAGUCCAGCCCGCCCAGCAUGGGGGAACUGGGAGCUCCUCGGAGGCACAAGGGCUUGAGGGGCAGAGAGAGAAGGAGGCAGCACGGACGGACUCUUGAUGCCUCCCUGGCCGCUGCCGGCACUGUCUCUGCAGAACUCCCAGCAGGAGAUCCCCAAGGAAAAGGAGAAUGGCAUCACCUACUCGGUCUACCCCAAGAAAGGGACCAGGAAGGGCUGGCACAGGUUCUGGUGUGUCUGUGGUUCUGACGAAGACCUGAAUGAGGCCUGGGUGAUGAAAACCUUCAAGGCAGGCUCACUGCAGAAGCUGGUGGAGCUCCUGGUGCCCGCCUACAUAAAGGGUGACAUCUCCUACAUCAAAAUCUUUCUGGGAGCCUACAGAACCUACGCCACCACCCAGCAGGUCCUAGACCAGCUUCUCCGAAGGUAUGGAUGUAACCACCCCUAUUCUGCUGAGUACGGUGAGCCCCAGGAGCAGCUGAAAUGGUGAGUGGACUUUGGGUGGAGAAGGAGGGGCUGAGGUUUUAGGGGGCCUGUGUCUGGAUUGGGGCUGGCAGACCCUGGGCCCCACACAUCUAGAUUCCACUAGAGGGAUGAGUUUAGAGACACCCCCUGCAGGGCGUAAGCAGUCAUUGAGAGCUAGGAGUGGAACCUGGGCAUCCUGGACAGUAGAGGGGAGGCUGCGGGCUCAGAGAUGCCCCUGAGAGAAUUCAUCUUCCCACAAUCCCCUCACAUCACCUGUUGCCCCCUCCCCUAUUUGGGGCCCAAAACAGGAGGUGCUGGGGGAGGAGGAGCGGGGGGUGGAGAAAAUUGCUCCCAAAUCCUGAUCACCAGUCAUGGGUGCUCAGCUGCAUGAGGGGCCCCUGUCCCAGGGGAGAACAGUCUCCAUGGGAGAAGAGGCCUUCACACGCAUGCAGAGAGCCAGGCAGCACGUUGGUGCACACGCUCCAGAGGAGGGGUUCUAUGGCCUGGGCAUCUGGAUCAGGGUACUGUCUCCGUGUGUCGUCCGGCAUCAGAUAAUCCUGGAGCACUACUGAGGUGAACAUGCAGACACACAUCUCCGUUCCCUUAGAGUGUUACUAUCCAGUGCGGAGAGGGCCAGGGGACAGAAAGGGAUGUAAUUCAGGCUCCCCGAGGAGGGAGAGUUGGACAGACCAUUGAUGGGGAGCUCCCAGGGACAAGGCUCUGUGCUAGCCCCAUCAGUGACCAGGCCUGCCACCAUCAGGGCAGCCAGAGGGCAUGAUACAGGGUGGUGCUGACCUUUGGGAGGUCAACGGUACAGGGGUAGACAGAGGGACUCGCCCCUUGCAGGGGUGCCCUGGGAGGGCAGUGUGGUGGGAAAAGCCAGGCUUCUGACCCUGCUCUUCACCACCCACCCCCAGCGCCAUCUCUUUUAUCCUGGGCACAUGGCUAAAGGAAUACUCGGAGGAUUUCAAUCAGCCCCCGGACUUCCCCUGCCUAAAGCUCGUGGUGGAGUAUGUGCACGUGAACAUGCCAGGCUCACAUCUAGAGCACGAUGCCCAACUUCUCUUGGCACGGCUGGAUCAAAUGGAGGUCACUGAGGCAGAGCCAGAGGGUGAGGAAGACUGGGCAUGACUGCAUGUGAGCUUGUGAAGGGGACAUGGGAAGGCCCCCAGAGGCUGGGGUUGAGCCAGGGAUCUGAGUAACUUCAGACCCUCCUGUGGUAGACCACAGUCUGGGAAGACUUCCUGGGGUGGAAAUUCUUGGGAAUGGGCUUCUCU